AGCACCACCACUCUGCAUUCUGCACACAACCCCCAUUUUCCCCACGCACCAACGAACAGGAGUUCCAUCCUGCAUUCCAUCGUCUUCCAACAAAAAUUACCCGGCGCGCGCGAGCAACAUCAGCUUGCAACAUUGCCCCAGCAGUAGUGAUGUCAGGCGGUGCCCAGUUAUUGUCUGCCAGGGCCCGUUUCCUCAUCUUUCUCACAAUUCUAAGCUGUCUAGCUUGAUCCUUUCGUCAGUUUUCCACGGUACUGCACCUAAACGGCGCUAAGCGGGCAGCAAACGGGCGCCGUUUACAACAUGACCCAGCAGAACCUGGCGUGAGCAACUGGCGUACACUCUUCCUAGUCCCAUGGCCAUCUCGACUCUACUCCGAUGCCUCUCGCUGCUAGCCAUCGUGUCCUUAGCCGCGGCGGACAGCGCCGGCAAAUCCACGGAUGAAAACCCCGGGCAGAUCCGCCUGAACUGCGGCGAGUCCGGCUCGGCCACUGACGCCGACGGCCGCGCAUGGGCCGGCGACGCGGCCUCCAAGUUCGCGCCAUCGAUGCCGGACGCCGCGGCGGCCAGCGCGUCAUACAAGGACCCCUCGCUGCCUUCCCUCGUCCCUUACACGACGGCGCGCGUCUUCGCUUCGUCGAGCUACACAUACUCCUUCCUCGUCCGCCCCGGCCGCGCCUUCCUCCGCCUCUACUUCUACCCUUCCAACUACGGCACCCAUGCCGCUUCCGACGCCCUCUUCGGCGUCACCGCGGGCGGCGUCACGCUGCUGCGCGGCUUCAACGCGUCCCAGACCGCGCUGGCGCUCAACUACGCCUACCUCGUCCGCGAGUUCUCCGUCAACGUUAGCGCAACCGGAACACUCAACGUCACCUUCAUCCCCUCGUCCUCCUCCUCACACUACGCGUUCAUCAACGGCAUCGAGAUCGUGCCGACGCCGGACAUGCUCACGUCGGCGGCGCCCGUGGUGCCGACAUUGGCAAACGGGGCGCGCCCGGACCCGAUGCCGAUCCGCGCCGACACGGCGUUCCAGACCAUGUACCGCCUCAACGUGGGCGGGGAGUCCCUCUCCCCAACCGACGACUCCGCCAGGCUCUACCGCUCCUGGGACAACGACGCGCCCUACAUCUUCGGCGCGGCCGCGGGGGUGUCCUACGGGAAGGACGCCAACGUCACGAUCCGGUACCCGGCGUCCGUGCCGCGGUACGUGGCGCCGGAGGCCGUGUACGCGUCGGCGAGGUCCAUGGGCCCGACGGCCCAGAUCAACCUCAACUACAAUCUCACCUGGAUCCUCCCCGUCGACGCCGGCUUCUUCUACCUCGUCAGGCUCCACUUCUGCGAGAUCCAGUACCCGAUCACAAAGGUGAACCAGCGCUCCUUCGACGUCUACAUCAGCAACGAGACGGCGAGGGAGCAGAUGGACGUGAUCGCGUGGAGCGGAGGGAUCGGGGUCCCGGUGUACACCGACUACCUCGUCGUCACGGCGGGGUCAGGCCAGAUGGACCUUUGGGUCGCGCUGCACCCGGACGUGGCCACCAGGCCGGUUUACUACGACGCGAUACUGAAUGGCCUCGAGGUGUUCAAGCUCCAGACCUACGGGGACAACAGCCUUGCGGGGGAAAGCCCGCCGAUCUCGCAGGAGCAGGCCGUGGAUGAUGGAAGCAGAGGAGGAAGCUCCAAGAAGAGGAAGAAUGGCUUCGCUGCGGCUUUGGGUGGAGCCGCAGCCGGUGGCCUCCUUGCGGUGUUGGUUGGGCUCGUCUGCGCGUGCGUUAUUUGCAGGCGGGGCAGGAAGGCCGCGCCGGUGCUCGUGUCCGAACCCGAGUCCUCGGGUGAGCAACCGGUUCAUGGACUCCCUAGCCCAAAUAAAAGCUCUGCUUUGUUUAACUCAGCCCAGAAAUAAGUAGGGUUGUGUUUUGGGCUUAUACUGUUACUGGGCAUUACACAAAGUGAAUAUUGGGCCCAAAUUGUGAGCUAAGGUUGCAAUUUCCUCUCUCUCUUUUUUA